GGGGGAUAGCCCACUGUCUCCGCCGCGGGGCUGACGGCGCGCCACGGCGGCCCCGGGACCCCGCGCCGCCGGCCGUAGCCCCGCCCCGCCCCGCCGUACUGUGCGGCCGCGGGCCCCGGGGCCCAGCUCCCGGCCCGAAGCGCCGCGCGCGUGCGGGGGGCGCUGUGCCUGCGGGCGUGCGUCCGCGUGUGGGAGAUGAAUUGGAGUCACACGACUGGGUGUUUCCUUCCGAGUGGUUUUGAUUAGCUAUCCAUUAGGGGAGCGUGGAAACUUUUUCUUCUUCUUUUUUUUUUUUUUUUUUUUUUUGUGACUGAAAGGAUGAAAACUGAGUAAGUACACAGAACUUUGAACUUGAAGCGGAAUGAAACAAAUACAAGCAAAACCCUAGCAGUAACCAUGUCCAUUCAGACCGUGCAUUCCCUUUUUAUGUGAAAAGCCGUGAAUGCUUACAGGAAAGUGGCAAUUUAAAACGGAAUGAAGGGAAGUAGUGAAGAACCAUGAAAGGCUGGAAGCAGGACUGCUCUAAAAGCGGAGGAGAAUGAGGAACUGCUCGGGCAAGCUGGCCUGCAUCCCGCGGUGCAACAGGCACUUUUGGUUUUAACCUAUUGAGCUCUUCAGCGCUGUUUCCAGACUCCAGAUUUACUUUGGUAUUGUUUUCUCUUUUCCUGUAAAGUCUUUGCUGCGAGUUUAAGGAUGUUGUGAAAAUAAGGCAUCACCGGAAGCAAAAGUUUGGCAGCCUGGGGAUACGCUCAGGUUAUUAGUUACCACUAUUAUUAUUUUGAUGUCUUUUUUUAACCCAGGCCAGCCACUUUUCACUGGCAUCCAUGGAAGGGAUCUUAUUAACCGCCUCAGACUUUGGGGACCUAUGAUUCUUUGGCAUGAUCCUUCGGAAAGUUCUUAAGCGGGGAUGGAGCAAGCUUGAUUUAAAGACUGAUUUGUAUUUUUUCAUGCUGACCAAAAAGAGCUGCUAUGACUUUUCCGGCAACGUGGACGGGGGCCAAGUGAAGCUGAGCUGGUCAUGGUCUGUCGUCCAGUGUUCCCUUGUCGUCGGCGAUUUUGCCCCCGGCCCUUCUUGGUGGGCUUGGUGGUGGCAAUCUGUCUCUUCUACCAGACCCUGACACUCCGAGGGACGAGGAAGCUCACAGCCGCUGACCCUGGGGCUGCCCCAAACGCACCCACCAAAACCCAAGCAAGCAGAUGUAAGAAAGGACUCUCCCUGGACAAACAGUGCUUCCUUCUCCCCAGUAAUGCGCAGGAAAUCAGAAAGAUCGAGAAAUCGAUAAAGAUACACUUUGGGAGCCAUGACAGAAGGGCCGUCCUCUACAGGCCUCCCUCCUACAGCAAAAUGGAGUUUCAGCUCCAUCAGCACGUCCUCACUCAGCAUCGCUACUCGGUCGUCAUCGCUGAAGAAAGGCUUGGUGCUGGUCUUGGGCCGGGGCUGCUAGAAAAAGGUGAUUUGGGCUCUUGGGAUCUGCUCAUUUGCCUGUCUUCUAGGAAAGCUGGUGGAAAACCUUGCAUAUCCAAGGAAGACAUGUGCCAGUUAGGUUUACAUCAAAAGGUAAACAUAUUACCAGAAAUACAGCAUCAGCUUUGCAGUAAAGAAGGAUUAUGUCAAAUAAUUAGAAGAUUUCCAGAAUUGCGACUUGUGGUGAGCCCCUCUGUGUGUCUGGAUCAGAGCAUACAGUUAAAGCAGAGUGACCUUUUAAAAACAGUGAAGCCACAUAUGUGGAAACCAUGGGACUGGCAACGUGAACAGCUGAAUCAAACAACAGUCCUUGCUCCACAUGAAACAAUCUUUAGAGCUGAAGAACUGUCUGUGAUUCUUAAAGCAUAUGUGUUGGUGACAUCUUUAAGCCCUUUGCGUGCAUUCAUUCAUUCAACUGGCGCGGUUUGGAAUCCACCAAAGAAAAAACGCUUCACUGUCAAGGUGUGUAUGUGUAAGAAAAAACCAGUACAUACAGAGUUCAAUAGUAUCCGUGGUUUCAAGCAUCCACGGGGAGUCUUGAAACAGACCCCCCCCCCUGUGGAUAAUGGGAGACUGCUGUAUUUCUUGAAGUUGCAAACAUUUUUUGAGACAUUCCUGACAGCCAGUUCACCUCUUCAGGCUUUUGAUAAUAUGAAGGAAGCAAUUAGCAAACUCCUCCUAGCAGCUGAAGUAUUCAGUGAAACAUCUACUCUGGGACCAAAGGCCUUCAAUAGAUGCAGAUUAUGUUUUCAACUUUUAACUUUUGAUAUUGGUUACUACAAUUUCAGGUACCCUGUUGUGCUCCAGGUGCAUGAGCAUUUAAAUUUUCAAGAUGGUGAUAAUACGGAUUUUGAGGACCAAAACACAGAAGAAUUCCUUUUACAAGAUACUUUCAAUUUUCUCUUCUCUAAUGAAUCUUCACUUCCCAUGUUUUCUGAGAUAUUUCAGGGACUUUAUAUAUCAGGUGUUUUUAAGGGCGAAAACUAUCAAAAGGAACCAAAUCAAUGCCUGUCUUUAGAGGAGAUGCACUCAAUUAUGACUUUCAUAAAGGAACUUGGGAGUUUGGGGCCAUUCCAACUGCUCUUCCCAUCUACUGCUCCUGGGAUUCAGUCUUUGAUGCGUGAAUUUUAUGAUAUGGCAAAUCCUAUAGGACAACCUGGUUCAGUCCUGACUCAGUACUGGUCUCUUUUAAAUGUAUUUGAACAAUUUCGGCUCCUGAAUAAAAACGCACAGCUACACCCACUGGAAUGGGCUUCUUUCACAGAGGAUGAGAACAUUGAAAAACCACAAGUGCCAUUUGAUGCAAUUGAAAAUAAAAAAGCUUCUGUUCCACGAAUUAUGAGUGAAACCAAAGAAGUUCAUUGUAGUAAUGAUGACACACAAUGUUAUAUCAAACAGAUCCUCACACAUCCACAUUUGGAACUGAAUCCUGAAUUUAACCCGAAGAUCAAAGAUUAUUACUCUGAAGUUCCAUUUGACGUGGUAACAGUGACAAUUGGAGCAGAGACUUCUAAUUGUCAGUGCAAGGUGUACCUGCACGAUCGGGCAGGAACAAGCUUUGCCAACUACCCUCUGGGCUUGGGAAUGAACAAAAUCUCAAUGUUUGUGGCAGAUGAGUCUCCAGCACAGGGUGAGACCCUGAUCACGUACAAGCUCACCAUCUACAGAGAAGAUCGUCCAAGUCUGCCCUUGUUUGAGGACUUCUCAGCAUGCGGGUUUGUGCAGCUCACCACUUACGUGUUGGAGAACUUGGACCAGUUUCUCAUCUGUCAGGAUUGUGGUUUGCUGAUUCACCCAGAAGAAGCCUGUGGAUUACAGCCUAUUUCUUCUGACUACAUUGAAGCCAUUUCACAGCCUGAACUAAAGAUCUGUCCAUCUGGGGACACAAAAGGCCAAUGGAUCGUGCCUUGCCUUAGCUGUUCAGACAACAGGACCUGUGACUGGAGAGAGAUAACGUGGCAGCCUCAGAACUGCCAGUACAGCGUUCUAACUAAGCCUCAACUCCAGCGGUGCCUGGGGGGAAGGAAGAUUCUUUUCAUUGGAGAUUCAACCAAUAGAGGAAUAAUGUACUAUCUGAUCGAAAGACUAAAUGAAACCUUGCAAGAAUGGCAGAAGGUCCACGGCACAAAAUUCUACCACAAUGUCAAUGGUGGGAAGACUUUGGUCAGUUAUUCCUACUAUCCCCAGUUCUGGAUAAGCCCUUCAUUGAGACCAACAUUUGAAAAAGCACUUGAACAUCUCUUGCAAAGAUCACGUCCCCUGGAGAAUACAGGCCAGACCGUAUUGGUCGUUGGUGGUGUUCAGUGGCUUAAUUCCAAUCACCUACAAAUUAUUCACAAGGUUUUGAAAAGGGAAAAUUUACUCAAUAUCCUUGUGAUCAUCAAAACUUUGGGAAUUGGAUUUCAUCUCCCAGUGGAUGGACUGCAUUUCUUGACACAGAGUGAAGUUCAGAACUUAUGGAAAGAAAAUUUGAUUAUUCUGGAUGCUGCAAAGACAUAUGGCUAUGAAGUGGUUGACACAUUUACUAUAACGAUGGGGCGAUACAAAGAGUUUUUGCAGGGGACGUGUGGAUGUCAUUUCCAUGAGGUAGUGAAGUCAAAGUUAUCCAAAGAAUAUCACUUUAUCAGAAUGAAACAAUCAAGAAAUCAUAUUGUGGGAAGAUAUUUCAGCAAUCAAAGCAAACGACAACAAGACUCUGUAACAAAUUCUCAAUCACCAUAUCAUGUCAGAGGUCCAGUUAAUCAGGUUUGCUCUGAAAUCCUUCUCAGCAGGAUGUGUGCAAGUAAAAGGACUGUGUAGACUCUAAGGAGGACUGAACUUGGAAUUGGAAGCAAGCCACUCACCUGGACAUGGUCUAAGAACCAAAUCCUACACAUCACGGGUAUCUUGGAUUGACCACACACUCAUGCAUGCUGGCACACACAUAUACACCAAUGCACACAUGGCUUAAAAAAAAAGUAAUAAUAACACUUUUCUUCCUACAGCUUUAUAAGGUCAAUAUAUGCACUUGACAAUCACUUGGUUUCAAGGGGAAAGCUAGAGCUUGAAAAAGGUUACUUGAAGUAUAAUCAUAAAUUGGAACCACUGUGGGCUAGGUAUUGCAUGAUGAUAAUAAGGAGAAAUAUAGACACUUGAAUUAUGUGGACAAAAAGGAUAAUGCUCUUGAGUAUUGUGUUAUCUUCUCUAUCGGUACAUUAAUACUGAAGAGGGGAAAAAAGCAGUUACAUUCCAUUUGCAAGAAGGGAUUGUGCUUGUGUUUUUUACCAGGAGAAAGAGUGAUGUGUACGAUAGCUUAGACUUUGUAAUCUAAUGCUUAGGAAAAACAUUUCUUCCUAUACUUUUUAAAUUUUACAAUUGAAAGGAAAAGAACAGGAAUGCCACACAGGGAAUUCGGAGGGAUUCUAGGAGAGACAUAGGAAGUGUAGUAAUUUACAGUUAAAACACCAAUGGAUUUAACUUUGCACUCUUUGUACUUUUCAGUAACAUUCCCUCCUAUCCUGUCUGUGAACUUGGAUGGGUAACUGCAGUCUAAGUUGAUAAAAAAUGUAAUGUUAAAGUGAGAAACAAAAUGUAGUUCCUCAUGUAUUACUUUAAUAAGUUUUAUUGAUGAUACUACUUAAGAAAGCUUUUGUUUGCUGUUAGAGGCCUAUGUAAUUUAAGGUUACGUUUUAUGUAAAUAUUUUCAAAGGAUUAGGCAUUUGCAUAGGCAUUUAUUUUCAUAAAGCAUUUGUAUACGUCCACAAAUACCAUGUUAUUGGUAACUAUAUUUUGAUUUUUCUAAUCCAAAUUGAGAGUAGGAAUAAAAAUAUUUUUUUAUUAAAACUGUGGCAUACAUAUAUAAAACAUACCUAGUUCUAGUAUUGAGAACUUUCUCUUCUAUAUUUUAAUUUCAAAAUAGUGAAUUUCUUUAUUUUACAUGUUUUGUUGUAAGCUAUCCCCAAUUACAAUUGUGUUUUAAAGGAUUAUUUUUCUUUUGGGGAAAAAAUAAAGCUGAGAGUGUUAUUCAAUACAUGUCUGAAAUUAACAACUGUACAAAUACCUCAAUUUCAUUACCAUACAAAAAAAGAGAGACUAUUUUGAUUGAUCAGUUCCUUGGUAUGAAUAUCCACCUCUUUAAAUACUCUAUUUUUAUAUAUAUUUUUAUAUGAAAGUAAACAUGAAUUUAUAUUUAA